AUGCCCCGCGACAUUGACCGCAAAGCUCUGCGAGACCUAUUAUCCGAUGAUUCCGACUCAGACGUUGGCAUAUACGAGUACCCAGAAAUCACCCAACAUAGACGGGACGAUUAUGAUAUCAGUCCUGGCCAUAGAAUCGGUGACUUUGCCAAUUCUCGACGACACUCUCAUCACCAAACAGUUGGAGAACCAUCUUCAGGGUUGGAUUUCAGUAGGAGUUUGUUUGGGAGAACUGUUGAAGAAGCCUCUCUAGACUUUUUGGACCAAGUAAGGCCUCAACGUCGAAGGAGGCACGACGGUACCCCCUCUCUGACGUCGGACGAUACACGAACUGGAUCAUCUUCCAGUCGGUUUGACUCUCCUGGACCACAGCCUCACCGACGCAGGUCCCCCUCUCGACAAUCCUGGAGACACAACAAUCAAGUUUCAGACUCAACGCCACACAUACGUGUCUAUCCGGAUGACGCCAAUGUUACCCUACCGUCCAUCAGGGAACUUGAUCAAAACAUCAACGGAGUAUCAACGCCCGCACCGCCAUCACCUCCGGGAUACAACAGUAGGAGGGAAUACGGACAAAGAAAGCUCAGCUUAACUCCACGUGUUGCGGUCCCAGAACCUUCGUCAUGGCAUUCCGGACGCCAUCAUGGGGAAGACGAUCAGACAGUAAACAGUCCCAUUCCACGUUUUGUAUCACCAGAACCUCAUGUACGACCCAGAUACCCUACCAGGGAUACCAAUCUAAGGACAAACUAUCCCAGUUCGCACUCAGCGACACAAGACAAUAUCUACAAUGAUCGACACCCUAGCCGAGAGUUUGAACAACGCACAGAAAACCUUAAUCACCGUUUCUCAGCAGACCUCCAUUCAGUAUCCAGAUACGCAGAUACGCAACGCAGCACAAGAAGGCAUUAUGCCAACACUACUAAUGAUCUAUCAGAUUCCUCUCCGUCUUUAUUUCCUAACAGAUACCCAGAUCAAAGGACUGAAUAUUCCAAUGCGCGAAAUGUAUCACCAGACCAACAUUCAUCAUUCAGCAACAACAAUAAACGAACAGAACAGAGAAGAAAACACCAACUGGACGAUAAUCGAGUUGUAUCACCGAAACCUCUUAUAGCAACAUUAUACAAUAAUUAUCCAUAUGCACCAGAUUCACCAUUACCAUUAUCAACCCCCAGAGCUCUUGAUAAUUGGCCUGAACAGAUUAACGACGAUUCAAUCUCACCUAAAAGCCCUCUUGGAUCUUUUUUUCCAGAUUUACUCGAACAAGAAGGGGACUUGGAUAAUCCUUGCGGACUAAUUCCACCUGAUUCUCCAUCCUCACCAAAAGCUGUCAACUCACAACCUGAGCGUAGAAAUAAUUACUCGCUUACGCGUGUCCUUUCUUCAGACCCCUCUUCACCUCUACAACAUGUUGGUGUGGAAUCUGAUCAUAUAGCAGACCUACCUCCUACCCGGUUAGCUACGCCUAUACCUGUGUUGGUGCGAACCUCGGUACCACCAACCGGAACCCUAGCUCUUCCAACCCCAACACCACUACAUUCGGACGCAGGGGUCAACCAAAGUCGUCCACAGUUCACCACGCCUGCCAGUACAUUAGUGCCUGUAAUAUCCAACAGAGAGUUUGAGCAUAGGACAAAAUCUUUUCCCCUUCCUGUGCCGCGUCCAAUCUUAUCUCCCGUAAAUUCCAACAGAGAGUCCGACCAGAGGACACGUUGUUCUCCCUUUACCCCAGAUUCGUGUGUAGUUGAUCGCAAUGGACAUUCUGAAUCUGGGGCACCCUGCCCUUCCGUUUCUCCCGCGGUGGGGCUACAAUCUUCUACCACUUCCAUCAAUUCUAAUAGAGUGCCCGGGCAGCAACGUUAUCUUCCGGCUCCUCGAGUGGUAUCACCAGAAAUUUCUUCAUUCCCUCAACAUUCUCAAGAGAGAUCUCCAAAUUCUAUCGCAUCACUCUCGAAUAAUCUGAACAUACGGGAUGACAGUCAAACGGACCCUGCGGAGAACAACAACACCUUGACAUGGGAUUUCAGUUCCGUUGAUCUGAACACGGCACCGACAGUAGAAGCCCUAUCCGCUACUUUGCCGCAACAAUCAAGCAACAAGAGGGGUCCUUCUCCUACUGUUUUCGAGCGUCUCAAAGCAUCCAAAGUCCCGAAGGCCCCAAAACAACCCAAAGCACCAAAACCAGGAAAAACACCUCGAAGUGGCCUGCCGUUUGCCGAAGAAGAUGAGGCCGUUGAACUCACAGGUGAUGUUAAUGCAGUAGUCAAAACCCUGCCCACGCCCCCGCCAGCUACCGUUCCGAAGUCGAAACAAUCAAAGAUGGUUAAAAAGGCGCCUCCUACAGCCUCAUUCAUGUGCGAAUACUGUGCCUCGGCAUUCACGCGCAAUCACGACAAGAACCGCCAUAUCAAGUCGAUACAUCAAGAACAAACUCUAUCUGCUAUUAAAUCUCGCACCUGCCCGUGCUGUAAUGAGGUUUUGUCCAGGGAAGAUGCCUUUAGGAGACACAUCAUCAAGAUGCCAGAUUCGUGCAUUCGGUUGGCGGAGUUGCGAAGUAUGCCACUUACCCCCGACCAGAAGUCGCGGUUGCAAAAGAUGCACGCCGAUGGAAUACCACCAAAGUUCCCUUUCGACGAGCUAUAUUACAUGUACAGAAGAGGAUGA